AACCGAGCAAAUAAGAUACCGUAAUAAUGCUUGGCUAUGUAACGAGGUUAGAAGCGGUUCAAUUGAUAUUCGCGCGAGUCGCUCUAAUGCGAUCCAAUUAUUUUAGUGGCCGGGGAAAUAGAUUGUAUCGACCAAUAUGUAACCGUGAUACCUCCGGCUGACUGAAUCGAACGGACGACUGGUGAUUCCGAAUGGAAAUUUUACUGCUGCAUCUCCUCGUAGCGACUUUGGAGCAGGCCAAUUAAAAAGAGUUGCCCGCCCACAGUGUCCGAGACUGUUUUCUGUCUGCGCUAUAACUGCAAGGGAAAUCGUUUGGAAAUAAACAACAGGGAAUCAUCAAUUACGUGCACACGCUAACGGGCCACUGCGGCAAGGUGAUGGCGGCGAAGUUUCUUGGCGAGCCUUCAAAAGUAGUUACCGGCAGUUACGAUCGCACCCUAAAAAUUUGGGACCUGCGUAGCAAAGCGUGUAUAGAAACAAAGUUCGCGGGCUCGAGUUGCAACGAUCUCGUGACAUCCGACGGUGCUGGCUCCACGAUAAUUAGUGGUCAUUUUGAUCAAAGAAUUCGAUUUUGGGAUACCAGAGCCGAGUCCAGCUCGAACGAUAUUUUACUGGAAGGGAAAGUAACGUCGCUAGAUUUAUCUCGUGAUGCAAAUUACCUUCUCAGCUGCGUCAGAGACGACACGCUGAAACUCAUUGAUCUACGGAUGAAGAAGAUCAUUGGAUCAUUUACCGCCGAUGGGUUUAAAGUCGGCUUCGAUUGGACGCGAGCAACAUUCAGUCCAGACGGUCAGUACAUAGCUGUCGGAUCUUCGGAUGGAUCCGUUUUCAUUUGGUCUGUCAUCACGAACACGAUUGAAACGGUGCUGAAAAACCAUUCGGCUGUGGUGACAGCGGUUUCUUGGCAUCCGCACGGCACCUAUCUCGCAUCGGUGGACAGAGCAAAAACGGUGACAGUCUGGGGCGACCAUGUUUAACAGGGCAAACAGUGCUGGGACAGACGAUUGUUUCACGUACGAAGGUCAGCAUCACGUUCUUUCGCGUCGAGGCGGACGUUCCCUGGAUUGAAAAAUGCAGAUGCAUACAAUAGUUGCGGAGUUGUCGCACAAAGGACACGCUCGGUAUGCCGGAGAAUCAGCGGGGUCGGUUUCGGCGCGCGGCGUUGUAAAGUGUAGCCAUUUGCCAGAUUGUACAAAGCGAAGUUACCGUAGGCGAUGAAGCAAAUUUCAGCCAACCGGUAGAGAUUAUUGUACAUAAAACUGCCCCGAUUGUUGCCCUCCCCAAAGAUUGUAAAGAUUCCCUCAUUUUCCAGGGUAAUACCGGCCUGCGCCACCACCCUUCACCCCCCUCUUUUCCAACGGAUUGUAGUUGUCCUUCUUCGAGAUUCGCUGGACACGCUCCUUUCCACUUCUGAGCGAUUAUUUUCCCCUCCCCUCCGCGUGUUUCGGUCGUCUGUGUCGGCAGAUAUCGAUCACGCUCACGUUGGAUCACUUUUAUGCGAGAAACUGUGAGACGUUGCUUCGGCGUUUUUCGUUCGCCAUCGUUGAAUUAGAAUUUCAACGCGCGUUAUUUAAGCCUUUUAGCGUUCAGCAAUCGUGAAAAACACGACGAGAAUAUAUCGCGGCGCGUGGAAAAACAGUAGGUCGUUUCGCUCGUUGGAUGCUCCGCGUUCUAAUUAAUCUCGAAUUACAGUGGCUCGUUAUUUCUUCACGGUUUUGCAAUUAUCGUCUAUAACUAAAUUUAGUUCGCUUCUCCCCUCGGCAAACUAAAGGGGGUUAAUUAAUGCAACUUUCGCGCGACGAAUUUCUUUCAGUUAUAAUAACGCUUGUCAAACAAAUAGAAAAGUUUCGUUGAAGAUCAAACUUUCGAAUCCUUUCAACGAGAUUGUCACGGUUCCGUACAUUUACGAUUAAAUUAUUGACGCGUUGAAAAAUCAUCUCGACGGAAUGCAGUACGUCUCAAAAAUUGUAAAUGGUAAAUUUACGUUUCCAGUAGCUUUCGCAUCACUUUUUCGAUUCGCGUCGCAUGGUCGAUGAUUUUUCUUUUUUUUUUUUUUAAUCAACGAUCGCGCGUAAUAUUUUCUGAUAUUCUCUCAGUCUGUCUAUUUCUCUCUCUCUCUCUCUCUCUCUCUCUCUCCGUCAAGAGGGAGAAAAUUAAAAAAUCUCUGUGAAGUCAUAGAACAAGUUUGUUAAUUGCCGAAGCAACCGUGAAAUAGAGUCUACUCGGAGUUCUCCAACGUCAGCGAGUUUCGAACGUUUUUAUCGUAAGUCUGAUGUAGGGCGGAAGUGGAUGUACUCGUUAAACGAACAAGCACAAUAAAGUUGUAAUACCGAGUAAAUUGCAUUACACAAAUUUCGUUCGAUCGAUGGAAAUGUGUAUCGAAUAAUAUUACGCUUUCAUGUCGCUAUCGAUUUUAUUUCAUCGAAUGCGAGGAUUUGAUUCGUAUGAGUCAUUUCAUGGUUCUUUUUACAAGAAACGUGAUCGAAACGUUCGUUGAUGGUCUAUUCUCCGUAAUUUGUUUAAUGCUUUUAGCUCAAUCUUAAGCUCCAGCUCAAAAUAAAGCAUUAAACUUCAAAAACAACUGCUGGAGGCAAACAGACUGAUGAAAAAAGAUGACUUUUGCGUAUCGUAAUUUGAAAGUUACACAUAGAAAUUUACACAUAGAAAGUUACACGUAGAAAUUCUGAAGUUUAAACUUUAUGCAUGUGCGGUAUUUUUUUCUUUUUUUUUUUGAGAAAUAUUUUCUUUCAUAUUUAUUUGUGGACUACAAUAUAUUUUAAUUUCUCUGUGUAUGUCUGUUAGAACUUUCUAUCUUUACUUAUUGCAUUUGAACACUAUCUACUUAAAGGUUUUAUCUCCUUUUUAUUUUAUCACGCUAUACUUUUUAAGCGGAAAUAUAGACUUGAAGCAGAAAUGGAUUGUUGCAACAGUUACAGAGGACCGAAAUAUUGAUAAGGAUAUUUACAUCACAUUUUCUUUUUUUCGUUCUAUUUACAUUACAUUUUCUUUUUUUCGUUCUAAGGACGACAAGGAUAUUUACAUCACAUUUUCUUAUUUUGAUAAGGAUAUUUACAU